UUCAAAUCGAGAGAGACCCUCAACGCUCACCUGUCGUUCUCUUUCAUUACUCUUUUGCUCUCCAGUCAAUCUCCACCACUUACUUGCCUAGCUGCUCGCUUCGCACUUCAAAUCGCCGUCAGCGAGUGCGGGGGACGCGCCAGUCACCGGGAAAGACUAUGGAAUCCGAAGGAGGAGGAUCAUGCUGCAAGUGUUGUUUUAGCUUCCUAAUCACUCUGGGUCUCACAUCCUUGUUCCUCUGGCUAAGCCUGCGAACCAACGAACCCAAAUGCUACGUCGGGUUCUUCUACGUUCCUGCCCUCAACCAAUCCCUGAAUACCCCUUCCAACUCCACCAUCGUCUUCACGGUGGAGUUCGAUAACGGAAACAAGGACAAGGGGAUUCGGUACGACGACGUCAACGUCACCUUCGGGGUUUUCCUGGAUCCGAAUAGGACCAGGCCGAUUGCGAAUCACACUAUUGAUGGGUUCUAUCAGGGCCACCAGAAGAAUGCGAAGAAGCAGGGUUCCGUCGAAGUUCAUGGCGGAGGACUUAACGGGACGGCGAAGGUGAACGGACAAACGUAUUUCCGGGUGAAUUUUACGACGUCGGUUAAGUACAAGAUCUUGCUGUGGUACACAAGACGGCACAGUUUAUGGGGAGGCGCAAAUGUCCCCGUCGAUAAUUCCGGGAAGAAGAUUGGGAAGAAAGGUAUCAGACUCGGGCACACGAUCCCCGUGAUCGUGUCGGACGCCUCCCGGCUCGCCGGAUGCUAUUGUACGCUUCUGAUUCUGGGUCUUUUCGUCAAUUUCUUAUUUCUGGAUUUGUUUCUCUAGCUUUAUUUUUCCCCCCACCUUGUCUCUGUUUUUUUUAAUAAUUUCUAGUUUGAGUUCUAUUUUUUUUUUUUCGAGGAAAAAAGUGGCAAAUCAUGUUCUAGCACGUCCAUAAAGGGACAGCUCCAAUUGAGAUGUAUCUUAGGGCUGAAUUUGGAUUGGUGUGGCGUUUAGAUUUUCAAAAGCGUGAUUAUUAAUUAGGCCACGUCAUUUAUUUAUGUACUUUGAUUUGAUUUGACUUCGAUUAACUUGUGCUGGGUGGAUUUUUUGUUGCUAUAUU